GGGUUAAGCGGUCUCCUGUCGGGGCGUGAGAGCCAAGAGCAGGCGGCGGAGCCACUCCCCACCGGUGCUCGCUGCCACUGGACGUGAGACGCAGGUCCUGCACUCCAGAGAGGGAGCUGCAUUCCACCGGGACCAGCAGAUGAGUGAGCGAACAUGAAGUCCAGUCCUGGUAUCCAAGCCGCCAUCGACCUCACAGCGGGGGCCGCAGGGGGCACAGCUUGUGUACUGACAGGGCAGCCCUUCGACACAAUAAAAGUGAAGAUGCAGACGUUCCCCGACCUGUACAAGGGCCUCACCGACUGCUUCCUGAAGACGUACAACCAAGUGGGUUUCCGGGGCUUCUACAAGGGAACCGGCCCAGCGUUGAUCGCCUACGUCGCCGAGAACUCUGUCCUCUUCAUGUGCUACGGCUUUUGCCAACAGUUUGUCAGGAAAGUAGUUGGACUGGACAAGCAGGCACACCUGAGUGAUCUGCACACUGCAGCUGCCGGGUCCUUAGCCUCCGCGUUUGCUGCGCUGGCGCUCUGCCCCACUGAGCUUGUGAAGUGCCGGCUACAGACCAUGUAUGAGAUGGAGUUGUCAGGGAAGAUACCAAGGAGUCAUAAUACAAUUUGGUCUGUUGUGAAGAAUAUCCUUAAAAAGGAUGGUCCUUUAGGUUUCUACCAUGGACUCUCGAGCACUCUACUGCAAGAAGUACCGGGCUAUUUCUUCUUCUUCGGUGGUUAUGAACUGAGCCGAUCGUUUUUUGCAUCAGGGAGAUCAAAAGAUGAACUAGGCCCUGUUCAUUUGAUGUUAAGUGGUGGAGUUGCUGGAAUUUGUCUCUGGCUUGUCGUGUUCCCAGUGGAUUGUAUUAAAUCCAGAAUUCAGGUUCUCUCCAUGCUUGGAAAACAGGCAGGAUUUAUGGGAACCCUUUUAAGUAUUGUAAGAAAUGAAGGAAUAGCAGCCUUAUACUCUGGACUGAAAGCUACUAUGAUUCGUGCAUUCCCUGCCAAUGGGGCACUAUUUUUGGCCUAUGAAUACAGCAGGAAGAUGAUGAUGAGCCAGUUGGAAGCAUACUGAAGGGUUUUGAUGAACCCAGAUCCAAGUACGAGAGUAUGAGAACUACAGUUUAUGUCAAGGUUCAUGGAGUUCAAUACCAAAGUGCAAUUAUUUUUGACUUCAUGGGAAUUUUGGUUUUGUCUACCCUUCUUCUACCCUAAAUCUUAAACUUUAUGGAAGGUCCUCUAUUUUACAUCAUAUAAUUUCUGCUUAUAAUUGUAUUGAAACAGGAAAGUUGCUGCUAUUGCCUUUGGUGGGAUACACAGGGUGUGCUGAUGGCCCCAUGUACCUAAUAUAAAAGGCUAAAUACAGUUCUGUCAGGGCUUUUGCAUAAGUCUGUAUGUGUA